UUCUGCCUCCCAAAAAGCCUCUCCAUCCAUGGAACACAAACAAGAACGAGCUUUUAUCCAGGAAUUCGAGCAAAAUAUCUCAAGCUAGUGAACUCGUUUGUUGUCUUUCAUAUACACUUCAAAAUUCUACCGAUUCCGGCUAGCUGGAGAUUAGAGAGGUCAAUGUUGUAUGCCGUAUCAAUCCCUAAACCUUGCUUAUCUUAUCCAAAAACCAGUUUCCACUCCCAAAACCCUCAAAAUCUCAAAAGGGGUGGGCUUCGUGUAUCGGCUACAUUACCGAAAUCUAAUGGGGUUAAAGUAGAGUACACUCCAUGGCUAAUUGUCGGAUUGGGGAAUCCUGGCAACAAGUAUCACGGAACUCGCCACAAUGUUGGCUUUGAAAUGAUUGAACGCAUAUCUCAAGAAGAAAGGAUUGUGAUGAACACUAUACAAUCAAAGGCUUUGGUUGGAAUAGGUUCUAUUGGAGAGGUACCUGUUCUAUUAGCAAAGCCUCAAGGAUACAUGAAUUUUAGUGGAGAAUCGGUUGGGCCGCUUGCUGCAUAUUAUCAAGUACCACUGCGUCAUAUUUUACUGAUAUAUGAUGAGAUGAGCUUACCAAAUGGUGUUUUGAGGCUUCAACCUAAAGGAGGCCAUGGGUAUCAUAAUGGAGUGAAGAGUGUUAUUGAACAUUUAGAUGGUCGUCGUGAAAUCCCUCGACUCUGUAUAGGAAUUGGGAAUCCACCUGGCACCAUGGACAUGAAGGCGUUCCUUUUGCAGAAAUUUAGUGAUGUGGAACAAAAAGAGAUAGAUGGAGCGUUGGCACAAGGGGUAGAUGCGGUGAGGAGUUUGGUAUUGAACGGAUUCAACGAUAGGAUCACGAGGUUUAAUUUAGGGCAAAAAUACAAAUAUAACAAAGUUUGAGAAUGAACUCAUUGUGUAGUAAUUAACCUCAUGGAUUUUAAAUUAUUAUUUUUAGAAGGAAAAUACAAUGAGAUCAAUGUACCUUUACACCA